AACACGGCCCAGAGCUCUGUGCUCUCCCUCGUAGUGUAUAUUCAGUUGCUUCCCUUCCCCUGUUCCGCCAUUAAAGCCCCUCAGCUUGGUGUUUGGGAAUCGGGGAAAAGGACAAAAAUGCUUUAAAGCGUCGGAGCAAACGGCCGUGGGGACGGGACUUGGGGGGGGGUUGUUGCCCGCGGAAUGUAUGGACCUUCAGCUGCCAACUAAACGGCGCCCCAAAGAAGUAAAUAUGCGGUUAGUGUCAGCCAAGUGAGAGGAGUCUGAGUCCGGAUUGGAGUGGGUUUCUCUGCCGUUAGGGGGGACGCUCGGAGAAGCUCCAUUUGUUUUGGCUGCGGUUGGAGACUGAGGAGUGUAAACACAGCAAAGCAAAGUGUACUGCUUGCUGUGUGGUCUCCUUAAAAGUGGAUCUGCCGAGCUGAGAACCCCUCUGAACGGCAGGAAUCCUCCCUUGGUGGCGGUGCGACGAUGACCGAGCUGGUUGCCAAGUGGGCUUGUGAAUACUGCACAUACGAGAACUGGCCGUCAGCCAUCAAGUGCACCAUGUGCCGCGCUCAGAGGCCCAGUGGGGGUGCCAUCAUUACUGAGGAGCCGUUCAAGAGCAGCCCUGCUCUGGAUGCCAGUCUGCACCAGUGGGACCCCGCAGGCCUCAGCAACAGCCCAACCCAAGGGGGAUCCAGCUUACUUAUUUGUCCAGACUCCAGCGCCCGACCCCGCGUCCGCAUUGCUGAUGUACCUGAGACUAGUAGCAAGUGGUCAUGCCACAUGUGCACCUACUUGAACUGGCCUCGGGCCAUCCGUUGCACUCAGUGCCUGUGCCAGAGGCAACAGGCUCAACAACAACAGCAUGGGCAACAUGCACCCCAUCAAGGACAUCAUACCCAGCAGCCACGCAGCCCCACAGAAUCUCCUCAGACCUCAGGCUCUGGAUGCCGCCCUGCUCCCGCGACCACCACUACAGACCCCUGUGAGGAAUAUAAUGACCGUAACAGGCUCAACACUCAUGCACAGCACUGGACCUGCACUGCCUGCACUUACGAGAACUGGGCCAAGGCACUCAAGUGUGUGGUUUGCGACCACCCCAGGCCCAACAGUCUACUAGCUGAACCCAUCGAAUUGGCAUCAGAGCCUGAGAGCCAACAGCCCUCCUCAAAACUCAAUGAACAGGACAGGGACAACAGGAGGGGCGUUGUUGGGCAUGUGGUUGGGCAAGGAGUAGGGAGUGUGGUAAGUGGGGUGGGAGGUUGUAGCAGCAGCCAAAGGAGGUCACCCCCAACCUCUAAACGGGAGUCAGAGGUGAACAUGGACUUUCAGAGGAUUGAAUUGGCAUCCGGGGCUGGGAUUGGGAGUAAAGAGGAGUUGGAGGUGGAUUUCAAAAAACUGAAGCAGAUUAAGAACAGGAUGAGAAGGACUGAUUGGCUGUUCCUCAAUGCCUGUGUUGGUGUUGUAGAAGGUGACCUGGCAGCUGUGGAAGCAUACAAGUCAUCUGGAGGUGACAUCGCACGACAGCUAACAUCAGACGACCUCUUUGUGUCUCAACAGGCAGCCAAAUGUAUUCCAGCCAUGGUGUGUCCUGAGCUAACGGAGCAGAUCCGUCGUGAGGUGGCGGCCUCUCUUCACCAGCGCAAGGGAGACUUUACCUGCUAUUUCCUCACCGACCUGGUGACCUUCACGCUGCCUGCAGACAUUGAGGACUUGCCGCCAGCAGUUCAGGAGAAACUGUUUGAUGAGGUGCUAGACCGAGACGUACAAAAAGAACUUGAAGAGGAGUCUCCCAUCAUCAACUGGUCACUGGAGCUUGGGACCAGAUUGGACAGUCGAUUGUACGCCCUGUGGAACCGCACGGCCGGGGACUGUCUCCUCGACUCCGUGCUGCAGGCUACAUGGGGCAUCUAUGACAAAGACUCAGUGCUCCGCAAGACCCUGCACGACAGCCUGCACGACUGCUCUCACUGGUUUUACACGCGCUGGAAGGAGUGGGAGUCGUGGUAUUCCCAGAGCUUCGGGCUGCACUUUUCCCUUCGAGAGGAACAGUGGCAGGAAGACUGGGCUUUCAUCCUCUCCUUGGCUAGUCAGCCAGGAUCCAGUUUGGAGCAGACCCACAUUUUUGUUCUUGCACACAUACUUCGUAGGCCCAUUAUCGUCUAUGGAGUGAAGUAUUACAAAAGUUUCCGUGGCGAAACGCUUGGGUACACCCGUUUUCAAGGUGUGUACUUGCCCCUUUUGUGGGAGCAGAGUUUCUGCUGGAAGAGCCCCAUUGCGCUUGGAUACACGCGGGGCCAUUUCUCAGCACUGGUGGCCAUGGAGAACGAUGGCUUUGACAAUCGCGGCGCGGGCGCCAACCUCAACACAGACGAUGACGUGACGGUCACAUUUCUGCCACUGGUCGACAGCGAAAGGAAGCUGCUUCAUAUUCACUUCCUCUCAGCGCAGGAGAUGGGUAAUGAAGAGCAACAGGAGAAGCUGCUGCGGGAGUGGUUGGACUGCUGUGUGACAGAGGGUGGUGUUCUGGUGGCGCUUCAGAAAAGCUCACGCCGCCGCAACCACCCACUUGUCACCCAGAUGGUGGAAAAGUGGCUGGAUGGCUACCGGCAGAUUCGCCCCUGCGCCUCUUUGUCUGAUGGCGAGGAGGAGGAAGACGAUGAUGACGAGUGACAAAACUGAAGCUGGGGGGAGAGGGAGGUGGUCUGCUGGGGGUAGGACUUCUCCCUCUACUCUCUCUUACAGUUUCCCUUUAUUUUUGUUUUCCCUUUCCUGACACGGACAAAUUGUGAAAGCCUUCAGGAGAGGACAGGGAACCACGAACCCCCACUCACCCACCACCUCUGUCAGAAGAGACUCUUCUGGCACACGCAGGCACUCAGAUACACACUUAAAACACAUUCAACUCUUAACUCUGACAAAACUGAGACUGACAAACUGCUGCGAGAGUCGUGGAGAGAAUAAAGGUUUACGAAUGCAAAAUGACCUUUCGAUUUGUUUCGAUUUUCAAAUGUUAAGGAAAAAAGGAAUCUUUAUCCAUAGAUGUAAAUGCAUGUGGUUGUUUUAAAAAAAGAGUAUAAGGAAAUAUACCAGCAUUGAUUCAAAUCAACACUUUAUAUCUGUUCAGUGUGGGCACUGACAAAAGCACACUUCCAAAUUGAACUUUUUGAAGUUUUUUUUUUUUUUUCCAUUUUAAGGGUUGGCUUGUUUAGCAUUUUGUUUUUGAAUGGGCAGGGACAAAGCCAAUAAAUAUCCUUAUCUUUAGAAAACCAGAGAUUGUGUAAUAAUAAAUGACUUUAAUCCUUAUUACUAAGCACUGCACAUUUAUUAAAACAUUUCUAUAUAAAUACAGUAUCAUUGCUUGAACAAAGGUCAUAUAUGAAGCUCUUGAAAAGGGAGAUUUUCCUUUUGCAAGUGAAAUCUACACUCAUUAAGGUUUAGCACACAAACAUUCAUGUUGGAUCUUUUGGUUUACCUUUUUUUCAGACUGAUUGAAUUGAGAAGUUGUGUGUGUGCGUGUGUGUUUUUUCUUCUCUGAACUUACUCUACAUAUUUAUUGUUUGGAAACUUAUACAAGCUAAUAAGAGCUUUCUGUAUAUUUUUUUUCUUUUUUGUGGUUUUGUUAAUUAUUCUCUCAAUCUUGAUGAAGACACGUUGCACAGAAACACUGUUGCUGUGAGGAAAGAACCAAUCAUGACCAUCAGUGAAAAGUUUACUUAUGUUGUUGCGUGCAAUUUAGUACCUCAUCUGGAUGCCUAAAGUCUGGUGCUUUUUAUUUUGGGCAGGCGAGUGCAAGACACAUUUAAUGUUGACAUAAACCCUCGAGUCACACUUGUCUCCUCAUUGUCUCCUAUUUCCUCUUUGUCCCUUUUUUCCUUAUAGCAUUGUCAAAGUCACCCUCAUGGUACACGUCAGUUCACCUCUGUAACGCCUGUUUGUUGUCAUUAUGUGAAACCAUCUUUUAAGUUUUUGAUUAAGGUUGUUGUGAGACCGCAACAUAUAAAACCAAAGCUGACAGAAAAAAAGAAAGAAAAAAAAACAAACACAAGAUGUCGUUACUUUUUUGCUGUGAAUGUUUUGCAUUUUGUUUUUUCUUGCCAUUGCGUACUGUAACCUAUUUCGUGUUUCAUUCAAGUCAUACACGUUUUGAGCAUCACCUGUAUGUUGCUUUGUAUUUAUGCAAUAGUUGCAGUUGUGACUAUGAUGGUUUGUGGAUUUAGGCCUGACUUCACUAUACAGAGUGUAACGCAAUGAACAGGCAAAAUAAGGAAAAAAAAAUAAUAAAGGAAAACCUUUUUGAAUGUCCAGCUAAA